AUGCAAGACAAUGAACCAAUCAUGCGAGUGUUAGCGAAAUUAAUUUUAUUGAAUAUUCUCAACAAAAUUGUAUUUGUCGGUGUAGCAUUAGUUGGCGUGAAUGACAUAUCAAAACUUCCUACGAAUCCGAUUAUCAUCAGUGAAGAUAAAGUUAAAGACGUUGAAUUAGGCAGGCUCAGUAAAGUCUGUGCUCAUAAUAUUGAAGAACUUCAUCUACAUAGUAGAAAGCGAGGACGUGGUGGAAGGAAACAAUCUGGAACUGCCAAACGAUCUAACGACCCUAAUGUUUCAUCAGACGAAGAUAAAGGUGAUAGUGAUAAAUCGUCAUCAGUAGAUCCAGUUGACCAAAGUCAAUUGGAUCAGUUUAAAGAUGAAUAUUAUGGAGUACAAGAUUUAGGUCAAGAUGGCGAUGAACUUGAAGAGGAUGAUUAUAAUGAAACAACACUUCAGCACUACUUCAGCCAGAGAGAAUAG